UUCAAGUCGUACAUAUGACAUUGACAGUUGACAAGCAUGGCUGCUAUAAUAAGUGUAUAUAAGUGUAACAUAAAAUUAAUUAAUAAUCAAAUAAGAAGAAACUACAAUAUAUUGAGUAGUAACAAUUGGGAUUCUAAUAAGUAUUCAGCGACUUCGUGUCACAGACAACACAGGGCAUGCACAACAGAGAGAGUAAAGGAUGUGGGAGCACCAUCAGGAGGGGGUGGAAUUUUGGCAAAGAAUAUGAAUAGAUUGAAGGUGCUAUCAUUUGCACCAAAGAGCCAGCCAACAAGAGGUUGUUUCCACCCUGGAGCCUCAGUGCUAUCUCGAGAUGACAUUUCUGUUACUGAGAAUGAACCAGUCACUGGCAAACAAAUGGUUCAGGCAAUGCUGCAAUACAUUUGGCCAGCUGAUGAUAAAUCAAUUAGAGACAGAGUGACUUUAGCUCUUGGGUUGUUGGUAGGAGCUAAGUUAAUGAAUGUGGCUGUACCGUUUAUUUUUAAAUAUUCUGUAGAUUAUUUGAAUGCUGGAAGCACUCUGAACAUGAACACUGCUCCAGAAACUAUAGCUACUGUUGCAACCACUAUCUUAGUCGGAUACGGCGUUGCAAGAGCUGGAUCUUCGGCUUUUAACGAAUUAAGAAAUGCUGUUUUCGCGAGAGUUGCACAGCACUCGAUUAGGAAAAUUGCUAAUAACGUGUUUCUGCACUUACACAAUUUAGAUUUAAAUUUUCACUUGAACAGGCGAACAGGAGCUUUGUCUAAAACAAUUGAUAGAGGGUCCAGAGGAAUAAACUUUGUUCUAUCUGCAAUGGUCUUCAACAUUGUGCCUACCAUUUUUGAAAUGGCUCUAGUAUCUACUAUAUUAGGGGUAAAAUGCGGAGCUGCAUUUGCUGGCAUUUCAAUGGGAUGUGUUGGAGUCUAUGCAGCUUACACUCUAUCUGUAACUCAAUGGCGCACCAAGUUCAGAGUGUAUAUGAAUAAAGCCGAAAACGAGGCUGGCAAUAAAGCGAUAGAUUCAUUAAUAAACUACGAAACUGUCAAGUAUUUUAAUAACGAACAAUUCGAAGCCGAUCGAUAUAACGAAGUACUGAAAGUCUACGAAGCGGCAAGUUUAAAGACGAGUUCCAGUUUAGCUCUGCUCAAUUUUGGACAAAAUGCUAUCUUCAGUGCAGCACUGAGUGCUAUUAUGGUUUUGGCUGCCAAUGAAAUAGUUAAAGGUAAUAUGACUGUUGGCGAUUUGGUAAUGGUGAAUGGUUUGUUAUUCCAAUUGUCAAUUCCUCUUGGGUUCCUUGGAAGUGUUUACAGGGAAGUUAGGCAAGCUUUGAUUGAUAUGCAAACAAUGUUUACACUUAUGACUAUGAAUUCUAAAAUUAAGGAUAAGGCAUUUGCACCAUUAAUAAAUGUGACACCAGAAACUUCAACAAUAGUUUUUGAAAAUGUGUCGUUUGAUUAUGGACCUGGCAAGGAAAUUUUAAAAGAUCUUAAUUUUACUAUACCAGCGGGUAAAAAAGUUGCGAUAGUAGGAGGAUCCGGCUCGGGAAAAUCAACGGUUGUGCGAUUGCUGUACCGUUUCUAUGAACCGAAGAGUGGAAAGAUUUUGAUUAACAAUCAAGAUAUAAACGAAGUUAAUUUAGAUAGUCUGAGGAGAUCCGUUGCCGUUGUUCCACAAGAUUGCGUCUUGUUCCACGACACAAUCAUGCAUAAUUUGCAUUAUGGAAAUUUGAAAACAGAAGAGGAUAACGUUUUCAAUGCGGCAAGGAUGGCAGAUCUGCACGAUUCGAUUACGGAUUGGCCGAAUGCAUACCAGACCCAGGUCGGAGAGCGAGGAUUAAAAUUAUCGGGUGGUGAAAAACAGAGAGUGGCGAUCGCCAGAGCAGUUCUGAAAAAUUCGCCAAUUUUGGUGUUCGAUGAAGCUACCAGCUCAUUGGACUCUAUCACGGAAUAUAAUAUUCUGCAAGCACUGCAUAGAGCUACGGAAGGACGAACUAGUAUAUGCAUUGCUCAUAGACUGAGCACUGUUGUGGAUGCUGACCAGAUUAUGGUACUGAAUGGUGGAAAAGUCACCGAAAUUGGUAGCCACUCGGAGCUUAUUAAAGAUACUAACAGUUAUUACUAUAAACUGUGGCAAGCCCAGAAUAAGUCGAUGCAUUAAAUACACCAGCACAUGUUGGUGUAUCUUAUUUAAUUUUAUUUUGUAAAUAUGAGAUAUAUGUGUAUAUGUUGUU